AUGGGGUUGGUUCAAUUGACUCACCCACCAUGUCAGCUUACCAUUUAUAUAGCCACCAUCUUCAUAGCUCUCGUGUUCUCGGCCGAUGCCUUGGCAAACCGGAACCAGGAAAGGUGUAGUGAGCAGGAGAAUCUUAAUCACUGUGUGGAUUUUCUGACGGAACGGUAUACAAACUACAGCCCACUAGAGGAGCUUGGUGCUUGCUGCAACCAGCUUUGGGAAUUGGAGUCCAACUGCGUGUGCGAAGGUCUCAAAAUGGCUCUGGGUCAGGAUUUUACUAGGGCUAAAGACUUGCCAUUCCUUUGUAGGCUUAAGGAUAUCAGAUGCCAUUUUGGAUCCCGUGGGAGUUUCUAA